CAAUAUUUUUAUUUUAAUCACAGAGCUACAAUACAAAAUUCAUUAAAUCAUCUACAACUUUUAUAGGAAGAACAUCUUUUAUUAAAACCAUUAUAAUGGAUGACCAACAGACGAGUCAACUCCCCAUAUACUGUGGUGGAUUAAGUGCCGGAGUGCUGGAUAUUUCAUAUAGUAAAAUAUGUGAAUCGGGUUACUAUUUGGCCAUGGGUUAUCAGAAGGGCUCAGCCUCAAUAUAUAAAGGUGCCACGGGUGACCAUAUCCUAACAUGUGAGGGUCAUAAGGAUGACAUUCUUGGUGUCUCAUUGAAUGAUAAGGGGACUCUCAUGCUCACUGGCAGUGAUGAUAAAACGGCACGUCUCUGGAAUGCCCAGGAUGGGAGUUUAAUUAAAAAAUUUCGACAACCUACACCAGUAAGUUCGGUGUCUUUUGAUAUGCCAUCGAAGACAUUUGCAAUUGGCCAUCUAGAUGCUAAUCCAGCUAUAUCGGUCUAUGAUAUUGAACAUCUAAGUAAACAUCCUUUGGUUGAGCUCAGAGGUCAUUCUCGUGGCAUUCGUAACAUCAGUUUCUGUAAGACCGAUUCAUGCAUCAUGUCAUCGUCUUAUGAUCGCUCCGUACGCAUGUGGGAUUUGCGUAGUGGCAAGGAAACAAAUUCAAUAUUUCUACCACAUCAUGCCAAGUCAUUGGAAAUGUGCGCCGAUAAUGAAACAUUGACCAUAUGUUAUGGUAGCAGCGUUGUCUUUGUGAAUGUGGAACGUUUCGAGGUGCUCGAACAACGUAAAAUGCUCGUCAAGUUGGAAGGUGCAUCCUUGCAUCCAGAGAAGAGUACAUUUGUCUGUUGCUCGGCCUAUUAUAUCUAUAGGUAUGACUAUGCCAAAGGCGAAUUGCUAAAUGGCUUUAAAGCUCAUGAUGAUUAUAUACGUUGUAUAAAGUACAGUCCGGAUGGUGAAAAGUAUGCCUGUUGUACGAGUCAAGGUUAUGUAAUGCUGUGGCCGCAAAUCAUACACGAGCCUGACGAAGAGGAAUCCAAUGUGAGCCUAGAAGUCGCCUAUGAGGAGGGAGAGAAUCGCGAUCUGGAUAUGGAGGAUUUUUCUGAUGCACCUUUAAGCGGUGAAGAAUCGAUGGAGAAUUCGACGUUUGCAUCAGGAGACUCAUAUGUUGAGUAUGUAGAAGAAUAUGAAGAGGAAGAGGGGGACUCAUCUGAACAAUAUGACCUUGAGGAGAUUGAUGACGAAGAGAGCGAGUAUGAAGAACAGGUCGAGCAUGAGGUGGAGAAUCAGAACGCGGAGGACCAUGAACUGACGGAGUCUACUGGAACAGAGCAUCAUGAUCCCGAUUUGAAUGAAGAGGAAUAUGUCCCGAACUAUGAUAAUAUACGGAUUGAUGAUUCUGAACUUGAUUACACUAUGUUUGAUCAGGAGCACGAUUAUUAAUGGAAAAGCAACUGUACCUGUUCUUUUGCAUCACGUGUUUUGUGUUGAUUCAUUUUGUUUUUCUUAACUUCUUUUAUUUUGUGUGUGUUUCUCCUUUCAAUAAUUAUAAAAUUUCGGUAUGUCGUUCACACAAAGACA